AACACAAAAGCAAGAGCUCUGGUGCUGGGGCGCGAGUCCGCAACAGGUGCGCGCAGCCGCCGCGCGCCGCGAGCCGCCCGCCCCCGGGCCGCGCGACCCGCACCUCUCCCCCGCGCGGGUCGACACCAGUCGAGUAGCGGCGCCCAUCCUGCAGAUGUCAGCUGGUUGGCAUCAUUCGUGCAUCGUCGACAGUACGGGCCAGCUGUACUCGUGGGGUUUGAACUUCGACGGACAACUAGGAAGCGGUGACCGAAAACAAAUACUAAUACCAACCGAAGUAAGUAUCCGGACGGAUUCGCAGCCGGACAACGCGCAAGAAACCAAGACCCCCACCACACCGCGCGACGAUGGGCCCUCGAAGGCGCUCGUGGCGUGUGGAGGGGACUUUACCGUGUAUAUUGACGACGAUGGCAGAAUUUAUGCCACUGGCAAUAUGCAUUUGCAAACAAACAACGAAAAAGAAAAAGGCACCAAUCGCGUCAUAAUGAUGAAAACCACAAAACGCGUGAUCAAAAUCCCCGCCAGCCGCUCCAACAACAAGUUCCUCUUCCAACCCAUCGAUCGCGUCGACAUCAUGUUCCCCUUCGACCUCGACGGCUCACAGAGGAAGCCUCUAGAACCAAGGCUCAACCCCCUCACCUCCUGCAACGACUUUAAAAAGAAAUCGUGGCCCGAUGACGUCAUCCUUCUCCUAAAAGAAUACAUAAACGAGGACGUCCUCGCCAACAACCUCAACAUGGCAGCUAAACUCGCUUACCACAACCAAAAAUACUCAGACUGCUUAAAACUCCUAUUAGAAAACUUAAAAACCAGCCCGCAAGAAGACCGCCUCUACCUCACUCACACGGAAUUCGAGGCCAAUGAAAACAAAAGCGCCUCACCCAAAUAUCUGCGCAAAGAAGAUGAACUCAAAAUCGUUAUCACAAACAUUAUGUCCAAGAGAAUCAAAGAAAUCUCCCUGACAAUACUCAACGAGGAUCCCUAUCCUGUGAUAGAUCCUUCUAUUUACCAAACUUUGCCGUGCUGUUGCAAUGAAAUGAAAUAUAUACCAAAGAAAACCAUCGCUACAUCCAGUACUCUAAUAACGGAAAAUAACUUGUCAGUAAAAGCGGCGAAUGUAAUUGACAGAUGCAUCAGUAUCUUUCCUGUCGAUACUAAACUAUGGGAGGUAUGUUUCCGCCUCUCAAAAGACUUUUACUUAGAGAAUAAUCUAGAAGUUGUAGAGUUAGAAAAAGUGCUACGUAAAUACAUGGAGUCUAACGCUACUACGAUGGCGGGUGCCAUAAUGUACUCAAAUGAUUGUGCUCAGUACAGUCAGAUUUUGUCGCCCAAAUUCUACUUGAAUAUGUGCAGCGAAGUACUUGAUACUUGGGGCUGAAGAAAUACAAGGAUUUUCGUGAACGUUUCCUUAUGGUAUAUUUAAUAAAUGUAUUAAUUACAUGACGAAAUCAUGUCAAGGGUGGCAUAUCAAAGCAAUAACGAGCGAUUGAAGACAUUGAAAACGCAAUGGAUUUGAGCCGUUAGAGAUUUUAAUUUUUGUGGUAUUCAAUUACCAAAAAUUAAACUUGGAAUAUUAUAGUGUAUAUUGACCUCAUAUACUUCAAUAAAAUAAACGUUUAUUAUAAAUAAAUAUUUUGCUUAUUAGCUUAUUUAGGAGAGCUUAUAUUUUAGUACAUCAAAUCUGUCCAACUAAUGUGAUAAUUUAUCUUCGUUUCUGUUUUAGAGCUGGUUGUUGUGAAUGUGAUCUAUUCGACUUUGUUUAUUGUUCGAUUAGUUGUAAUAGAAGUGUUAAUGUGUGGUUCAUGUUAGAGUGUCUUAGCUUGUUAGAGACAUACAUACUAAUAAUUGUCGUCCUAUGAACUUAACCUUAUUAACUGUUACCCACCUCUAUUUUUUUCGUUGUAUUUUCUUCUAGUCACUACCGUUUUACCUGACCAAUGUUGUUUUUUUUUUCUAUAUUUAAUGCUAUCGCGAGAUUUUAACAUUGUUAUAAUGUUUUGUGGCCAUUCUCAUUUAUGUGAUGCCAUAGCUGAAAUUAUGUAGUUGUUGAAUUACUCUUUAAUUUCUUGAACAAACUAAUGUCUAAGUUAGAAAUAGUUUUUCUUUUUUGUGUCAUUGAUUUAAUAUUUUUAACUUAACUUUAAGCCUAAUGUCCUCGUUGAUAUUAUGAAAAGUCAAUCUAGUUCUAAAAUUAUAAGAAUACUUUUUAAACCAAAACGACGUCGAAAAAUACGUCACUUGAGUCACUAUUUUGCUACUUUUUUUCAGUAGCCCUAGCUACAGAGGAAGAGCUUUAUUUAUUCCUUAUGUGUAGACGGACUUUCGCAUCUCACUUGUUCAUCGGGUGAAUUUAACCCUUUAAAUACUUUAUGUAAAAAAAUCAUAAACAACACGCGCCAAAAAGCCAACGGCGCAAGCGAACUCGAUUGAGCCAUAUUUGAAAGUAUAAAGGUUACUUUGACAGCAGAGGUACGCCACAGCAAUUAUAUUUUGUUCGUGGCAUGGACAUGGCCACGACUAAUUACGACGUCUUCUCGGUUUAACUGGAAUUUUAUUACUGUGGUUGAUUUCAAUUAGCCCACAGGAAAAUAUUUACAUUUUCUGUAACUAGUUGGCAUACAUGUCUGAUGCUUCCUAAAUAAUACAGUGAAUCAUGCAAUGUAGCUUAUAUUAUUUUUUGUGAUUCUUUUACUGACUCCUAAUAAAUGUUACACUACAAUAAAAAGUAAUAACCAAAAAAAUAGUCGUAAAUAAAAUACCAUAUCAACAGAAUAGUUGUUUUUUUUUUUAAUUAUUAUUAUUGACUUCCUUGUGCCUGAUAUGAUAUCAGAGUUGGUUUUUUAAGCCUUCCUUCUGGAUAUUCGACUGAAAUUCUACAAUACGUAAAGGCAUAGCUAAAUACAUGAUGCAAACUGGAUGAGACAUUUGUCUAACCUGAUUUCUUCUAUCCCCUAGAUUGUGAUAUAUGAUAAUUUUGUUAGCAUAAGGAAAUAAUUACAAAAUAUUUUUUUUUACAUUUUGUAUUUCUGUAAACUAUUUACAAAAGAAAAUAAAUACACCAAUUGUACAAACAUUUACUCGCAGUAAAUGUGUAGUUAACUGAUCGUAAUCGGAAUGGAAGUUUGUAAAAUAAAUAGGUUAAAAAAAUAAAAAGAUUUAAUUCACGUCAUCUUAGC